AUUACAGCAGGAUCCGAGUGUGGGAGAGAGAGAAUAGCCAUGCAGUACCAGCACCCCAGCUCCUCAGCCCUGGGGCUCAGUGUCCCCCUGUACGCACCCACCCCUCUGCAGCCAGUGCACCCAACUCCCUUCUACAUUGAUGAUAUCCUGGGAAGGAGCAGCGCCUCUAAUGGGACCCCAGCCUUACCCACCCCAACCCUGCCAUCGCCCAACUCUUCCUUCACCAGCCUGGUGGCUACCUACAGGACUCCCAUCUAUGAGCCUACUCCCAUUCACCCUGCCUUCACCCACCCCGGGGCAGCCCUGGCAGCUUCCUAUGGAGCCAGCACCUAUGCCAACCCUCUGUACCCCUUCUCCAGGCCGGUCAGCGAGUACACCCAUGCCCUCAUCCGGCACGACUCCCUGGGCAAACCCUUGCUAUGGAGCCCCUUCAUCCAGAGGCCUCUUCACAAGCGGAAAGGCGGCCAAGUGCGGUUUUCAAACGAUCAGACCAUCGAAUUAGAGAAAAAGUUUGAGACACAAAAAUAUUUAUCGCCCCCGGAAAGGAAACGCCUGGCUAAAAUGCUUCAGCUCAGCGAGAGACAGGUCAAAACCUGGUUCCAGAACAGAAGAGCCAAAUGGAGGCGUCUCAAGCAGGAAAACCCACAGGGAAAUAAGAAAGACGAAACUGAAAGUCUAGAGAAUAUCUGCGAAGAGAGUCAGGAGAGGUGUUUGAGUGCUGAGCAGAAGAGCAGAGAGUCCUCCUUGGAUGAACCCACCUCAUCGCCCACCUCCCAAGAGACUCUGGAUUCAGAGGUGUCCGAUGAUUCCGACCAGGAGGUGGACAUUGAAGGAGACAAAGGAUUUUACAACUGUGCACAUUAACUGCUGCUCAGUAAGAAUGGACCUCUCUUCAGCUUGCACUUUAACAGAAGCUGGACCUAGCUCCCUGGUAGCCUGACUUGGGUUAAGCCAGUGGCUGUCGGACUUUCUCAGUUCAAGCCCCCACUGGAGUUCCAACCUUUGUUCAGGGCCCCCUCAGCUCAUAACAAGGAAAGCAGCGGUGUACCAGUCAGAGCAGAAAAUACAUUUUUAUCCCAAAUCUUAUCCUAAUUAACCUUCAAGUUGGAGGUAUCUAGGAGAGCAAGUAGGCAUUCUCCUCAAAUUUCAUUCUUUAUUGACCUUUCAGGUGUAUUUAGGAGAGCAAAUAGGCAUCCUCUCUAAUUCUCACCCUAACUGGCAAGCUUCUAUCCCACAGUGGCACAGUUUGGGAACCACUGAGUUAAGGGGAUGGAAAGGACAUUUUAUCAGUGUAUAUCAAGGUUUAGUUUGAUCAUGGUCAAAGUUCUAUUUCAGAUUGUGUAUUUAUCAUAAACGGUGUUACUGUAAUAUUUUGCCUAAUUGCACAAUACCACUAAUAUUCCCCAAGUGCCUUUUUUAUACAGGUAGAUCAGGAAUCUCAUUGUGUAAGAAAGCUCAGAUUUUAUUGACACUCAAAAAUGAAGGAAGUUUUGUGUAUAAAUUCCAGUGCAUCUCAGGUUGGGGUGGCCAGGCCUAUUGUUUGAGUGGCUUGGGAAUUUCCCCUAUGUACACAAGCAAACUGUCAAUCAUGGAGGGUGCACAGCCAAUGAGGUCGCAAACAGGCAACCCAUUUCACGUGGACCAUAUGGACAGCCCUUUUAUGGGGUACAAUUCAUAUUCCCUUAUUGCUCCAUUGUCUAUAAAUGACUUUAGGCUUACAUAACUAUAUUGUUGGGUCUAUUUGGAAUGGAAAAAUAAAUAUUAAAAGAAGCUUAAUUUAGCAAUAAUUAAAAUUUUACAUAUUUGUACAUAAUUCUUUUUGUAAAUCCCAAGUGCAUUGAGAAAAUUGCCAAAUAAUGAUUUUUUUUUUUACAAAGGGAGAUCUCAAAUCAAAUGUUAUUAUAUGAUUUUUUUAUUGUGAAUAUGUAAUAUAUACAUUGUUCUUUUUGUAUAAUGCGUGUGUUGUUGUUAUACCUCAGGUUGUUUAUAUGUCUUGUAAAUAUAUUUUCAUCAUCCAAGCAAAAAACAUAUUUAAUUUUGUGUCUUAAAAAAACAGUGGAAUAAAAGAAAAAAAUGGAUACACA